GCGCUACUGGAGUGAUGUACGACUUACCGCAGCGUUCGACAGCGACAUUGGACGGAAAUAGAUAAAGGAAUUAGCGUUUGGAAAUGAUGUGAUGAAGUCAGCUGCAAGGAUUUUCAGUUGACAGCUGUAGAAAUAAGUGUUGACAGUGUGCAAGUGCAGUGAAGUGAAUGAUUACAUGAAACCGCAAAAAAAAAAAUAUUAAAAUAAUAGUAUAAAUACCACACAAAGAAAUAAAAAAUAAGAAAAAAACUAAACUAUUUAGGGCAACUGAAUUGAAAAUCCCUGAAAUCUACUGGAGUGAAUGUGGUAGUUUCUUACAAAAAAUUUGAAAAACGACGUUAAAACUUCAAACUCAAGAUGCGGAAUUAAAAAUGAAAACUCGACACACGCAAACGCCACAUUAGACAGCUGAGCCGAGCACACAAUGUCUGCAGCUAUCUUCUGUUUUUAUAUUCUUAAAAUCGGUGAUUAGGAAGUGUUGCACCCUAACGUUCUAAUGCAGACGAUAUGGGCACAACAUGGCCUCAGCACAUAUAUUACAAUACUACAGCAACACUAGAACUAAAACAGCGGCAACGGUAUCCCCAAAAACAGCAACAACAAUUGCGCAACAUUGUUACGAGCGAAACACUUCCGGCACACCAGAGGCAUGUCUCAUCACUAACGAGCGGAAACAAUUUGCAGACGAGUCGUCAGCAACAGCUGUUAGUGAAAAUACAACAAAAACAAAGGCACCUAGAGGAAUAUCGACGGCAUUGUUGUCGUAUUGUCUGCCGCCCAUUGCAACAAUCGACAAUAUUUGGGUUCACAGCAAUUCGGUCACGACGCCGCUGCAAGAGCCGACGGGCGAUCAGAAACUGCGCAGGACCAAGCUACAGGUAUUGCAUGCGAGUACUGCAAACGAAGUUAACAAAGGGGCAUAUAACUGUUUUGAAACGCCAACGCCAUGGAAACCAACUGCUGCCACAAAGCGAUCAAGCUCCAGGCCAACAGACCCGACGCUGUCGCCGAAUCAGAAGUCACACGAAGCUGCAGAUGAUGUUCAUACGUUUCGUUGUGUGGACAGUGGUAGGAGAGGCAGAAGCAAAAGUGAAAGCGCUGGAAGCUACGGUGACUUGCAAGCAGAACGCCCUCAGAGAGCGCAACAACAGCAAAAACGUUGGCAUUCGGAAAGCAGAGACGAAGCAUUGUCGUGUGGCUGUACAAGAGUUAAAGGUAUUGCAAAUAUGUCAAGUGCAGCCGUGUCUAACGCCAACCAACAACAACAAGGACUGUGCAGUGAUGUCGCCGGCAUUGUUGUUGAUGCUAUUGCAAGUUUACGCAAAACAUCUACAGGGAAUUGCGCUCGACAGCGGCCACAAGCUAUUGCUUACACGCACUGUGCACCAACAAAGGAGAAACAUAACAACACAAACAACAAAACCAAAUGCUGCCAAUCAAACGAAACGAAACAAAGCGAAACACACAACGUUGCCAGAGGCUGCCACGCAGCUGGAGAAUGCGAUUGCUGCUGCAGUCCGCAUCUCUUUUCGUCAUGUACACGCCAAUCUUCCAGAAAUGCUAUCGAACAGCAACAACAACUACAACUCAGCGGUCUAUCAAACGGCUCCAACCAAGAAUUUUCUCAGCUGCUUGCCGACAGCUGCUGGUCGCUCACUUGCAAUGCUGCACCUCAGCUCAAACAACCACAAACAGCAACAAAUGCAACACCUUUGCAAUCACAAUCCACAACAACAGCAGCAAAAACCACAAAUGAACAACGAAGUAUAUUUCAAUACAAAACGAACAAAAAUAGCAAAUUGUACUACAAGAGGGGUGUUGCGAACGAGCUCUAUUUGGAAAGAGCUGCUGCAGCUGGUGCUGACUUUGGUGGCGGUUGCGGCACAUUUCUAUCUACGCUGUGCUGCUCUGUGCGUUCGAAGCUUCUGCUUGCCGUGGCCGACCUGCAAGCCCUGUCACGCGCUCUUUUCUCACUCAUCAUUAUCUUCAACAUGCUGCCGUUAUUUUAUGCAGAAUGCGACCAGACAUUCGUUUCACGUAUUGGCGGCCCACAGAAUGGCACAUUCACCGCGCCGCUGCUGCACAAUCACAAGAACCAUUCGCGUCAGUGCUUGUACACUUUCCUAGCAGGACCCGGGCAACGCGUCGAAGUACUUUUUACAUCGUUUAAUUUAAGAGGAAGUCCACCAGACGGUUCCGCCGUCGGUGAAUUACCAGCCUGUGUUCACGAGUACAUGGAUAUAUAUUCGGAAGUGCAGUCGUCAGAUCCAGCUGAGCUAAUAAAUUCACCGUUUGGUGGACGAUAUUGCGGUACAAUACCGCCGCGACGACGUAUCUCCAUGUACCGAGCUAUAGCCAUCUCAUUUUUUACCAAUAAAAAUGUAUCAACACCCGACUUAUUCGAAGGAACUUAUAGAUUUAUAAAUGCAUCUGAAUAUGAAAUCGGUAUACCAAUAGCGGGUUCACCAUGUUCCUACACCAUUACGCCUAGCAUGAGUAUCAAUAAAACUGGGGCACUCAUAUCGCCAACCUAUCCGGGUGCCUAUCCAAAAGAUAUGUCAUGCACAUAUCAAUUUCUCGGCGAAUCGAAUCAAAGAGUUAGAUUAGAAUUUCGAGAUUUUGAUCUAUUUUUUGGUGGACCACACUGCCCAUUUGACUAUGUCAAAGUGUAUGAUGGUCCCGAUAAUUCGUCAGCAUUAAUUGGUACAUAUUGCGGACAGCAAAGGAAUUUAGUUUUAUACUCAAGCGAAUCGAGCCUUUUUGUUCAUUUUUAUACAUUACCGAGAACAGCGAAUACCCAAAAUCGUGGCUUUAAAGGAAUUUAUGAAUUUAGCGAAAGUUUUGUUAAAUUAGAUUUUAUACGUGAAAAUGAUGGCAUUCACAUACGUGGCUCGGAAUGUGAUCAAAAGAUAUUAUCGAGAAAGGAAUCAACGGGUUUUGUGCUCUCACCAAAUUAUCCCUACCCAUACAUACCGAAAACUGUGUGUAGAUACUUCAUUUACGGCAUGCAAGAUGCGCAGCAUCUGGAACGUGUACGUCUGGAGUUCUCCGCUUUCAAUAUACCCAAGGUAGAGCACAAGGAUAAAAGCGAGUCCAAUUGCACAGACGGUUAUCUUAAAAUCUAUCUGAAGGGACAGGAAACAGCCGAUGCCUAUGACAAAUUUGACUAUGAGUUAUGUGGCAAUGAAACGCAACGCGUUCUCAGCGAUGGACCACGCUUGGCAAUGGUCUUCAGUUCGGGUGAGCUACAGGGUCGCGGGUUCAAGGGUAAAUACACCUUUGAAACUGAAUAUAAAAUACCUGGCACAGCCGCACCCGAUGGCACGUGCAGCUUCACAUAUGUGAGCAGUUCAAAGAAGCGUGGCGAACUGAACAGUCCUCGCUAUCCUUCCAACUACCCAUCAGACACGAAUUGUUCGUAUCUGUUUCUAGGCGAACCGAAUGAGCAGGUCACGAUCGUCUUCGAUCAUUUCAAAAUUAAAGCGGAUGGUAACUCAAAUGCAACAGCUGGAGCUUAUGGUUCUAGCGCUUGCUUUGAAGACUGGCUGGAAAUGUAUGUUGUUUAUCGUGAUAACAACGAUCGUUUUCUUGGUCGCUACUGUGGUCUGACAGCACCCGGCCCCGUUGAGAGCCCAAGGGGUGCGGUGGGUCUGCGUAUCACAUUGCAUACGGAUCAAGAGAAUGUGGCUAGCGGCUUCAAAGCGCGCUACUUUUUCGAAUCACCACGCUCCGAUGUGGCUGAAUGCGGUGGCAACUUCUCAGGUCAAGACUCGGGUAUUAUCACCUCUCCCAACUACCCAGCGGGCUAUAAGGCACCCAGUAGGGGCAUGGCUUCAAUGGCAUGCAAUUGGAUAAUGACAGCACGGCCGGGUUAUAAGUUAUCAAUUAACUUUGAGCACUUCUCCAUCGAAGGCGAUCCAGCAAAUCGUGGCUGUCCUGCUGCUGUUUUGCGACUUUGGGUCAAUGUCGAUUCAGACCAACCGCCAUUGGAAUUGUGUGGUGAAAAGCCACUAAUUGAACAGUGGUAUUACAUUUCCACUGGACAAACUGCUCGUAUCAGUUUCACAACCAGCGACAAAACCGUUGGUGCUCCGGGCUUCCGCAUUGUAUGGACUGAAAUACAAGACUCUGGUCCUGGACCCCCGUCCAUUGGACUGCUCUGUGAAUCAACAUACCACUUCCAAUGCGACGUGGGCUACUGCAUUUCCGAUAAGCUACGUUGCGAUGGCGUCAAAAACUGUGGUCCCGGUGAUGAUAGUGACGAAUUGCACUGUACCACACAAGCGCCCGAGGAGGAUCACGGCGUUCUAAUUAUAAUAACACUAAUCGUCGUCUCGUUCCUAAUCUGUCUCCUAUGCACACUCUGUCACUCCAAAAGAAAACGUAGAGCGCAUGUGCGCCAACUGGGCCUGCAUCGCAAUGCGCACUACGAUUCACAAACCAGCGCAACUGGUUUGAGUUCCAGCCGACGGCAUUUGCAAGGCGGUGCGAGCAUAUCGGGUAGUCUGCAUGGCAUCAAUAGCGGUUCAUUGAUGAUACCACCAGCGCCCCUGCCACCCACCAGCGUACCACCACCGCCGCACAUCUGCAUUGCAGGCGUCGACGGCCUCAGCGCGGGCAUACUAAUAAACGACGACGACGGCCUGGACGAUGACGACGAAAUCGAUCUGGACAAUGUGCAGCAUGAGAUAUUCAUUAACGACGUACGAUUCGACGAUGAGGAGAACCACUUGGAGCAAAUGCAUCAUUUGGAAAGCGUUUAACAAUUGGCGAAGGUUUUGGGCGGCAGUAGAGGCGUUAUCCCAUUGUUGCAACAAUAUGCGGCAUUUUAUAGGAAUUUACAAGCAUAGGAACAGAUUUAAUUUACAAUAAUAAGCAUUAAUGAAUAAUAGCGAAAACAUUAGUAAUAAUAGUUGUACGAGUACAUCAUUAAGUCAGGUUUUUAAUAACAGAAUAAAUCAAUAAAAUCUAAUUCCCAGCAAUUAAUAUGAAGUUUGAAGCAAUUAACAACAAAAAGUUACAAGAAAUAAUAUGAAAGAAAGAAAGUGCAGCAAUUGUGUUGAAAACGCCAAUGGUUCGGAGAAGUCAAUGUUAGUGAGGACUGAAGCAAUCUGUCAGAAAGUAUGAAAACGAGAGUCACUAAGAGAAGAGACGCAGAGUUUUCCUCUUUAAAUAUUAAGGGAAUAUAAGACGCGAAAAACGAUUGGGUUUAGACUGGGUUUGACGGUAUUUUACUGACUUUUUUUAUUUUUGAGAAAAAAAAUCGUAUAAAAAUAAUAUAUACAUACAUAUUUGUGUCCACGCGACAUUUGGAAGAUCACCUAAAACAACUUGUUGUAAAAUAAUUUCCAUAAAUUUAAUAUUUAAUAGUUAACAGUACUGCGAAUGGUAGGAAGCGAGAUAGCAUUUUGAAAAAGCUUUUUAUUGUGAAAAGUAGUGAACUUAAGGCGAAAUUGAAACGAGAGAAAAAUCUAAAAUGAAAUAAAUUGAAAACUAAUGGUAAAAAAACAACCAAAACAAAAAGAACAAAUCAUAAAAAGGCUCAUUAGAGAUAAUUAAAGAAUAAGUUAUAUAUAAAACAGCAUAAAAUAGUAAACGAAAAUAAAACGGUAAAUCUCAUUCAAAGUGAAUUCAUGGCGAAAAACAAAAUAUUGUUGAUUUUUAUAUUUGAUACGAUUUAGAAGCAUUAUACAUUUAUUAUUCGUAAGACCGCAGCCACAUUGACCGGUAAACAACAAUAACAGCAACGCAUAUACUACGUGUUUCAAUUCUGUUAACGACAAACACACGCACCCAUAAUAAGUACGAAAGUUGAGA